GGAAGGAGGUUUAGACCGACAGGGUGCUGCUGUGUCAAGUCGAUCCAAACCUGCACGCACGCCCGCUGCAUCCUUACUGUUAAAAAAAAAAAAAUCUUUAAAAUAACUCUUCCGUUUCUCUCUGGUCGUCUUUGGGGCUGCGCCAGAACCGGCCUGAGAGCUUCGCCGCCGCCUUUUUGGAGGAGUCGCUCACCCCAAAGUUUCCGGAAAUACCGCGUAGAGGGCAUCGGGGAGAGGAUGGCUGCCUACAAGCUGGUGCUGAUCCGCCACGGAGAGAGCUGCUGGAACCAGGAGAACCGCUUCUGCGGCUGGUUCGACGCCGACCUGAGUGAGACCGGCGAGAAGGAGGCGAGGCGGGGAGGACAGGCCCUGAAAGAUGCCGGCUAUGAGUUUGACAUUUGCUACACAUCUGUCCUAAAGAGGGCCAUCCGCACCCUGUGGUUUGUUCUGGACAGCAUUGACCAGAUGUGGCUUCCGGUUCACCGAACUUGGCGACUCAAUGAGCGUCACUACGGUGGCCUGACUGGCCUCAACAAGGCCGAAACUGCAGCCAAGCACGGCGAAGCUCAGGUCAAGAUCUGGAGGCGCUCCUUUGACGUUCCUCCUCCAUCUAUGGACGAGGACCACGACUUCUAUCAGGCCAUCAGCAAGGAUCGGCGUUAUGGGGACCUGACAGAGGACCAGCUUCCCAGCUGUGAGAGCCUGAAGGACACAAUCGCCAGAGCACUUCCUUUCUGGAAUGAGGAGAUCGUCCCGCAGAUCAAGGAGGGAAAGAGGGUCCUUAUUGCUGCUCAUGGCAACAGUCUCCGUGGAAUUGUAAAGCAUCUUGAGGGUAUGUCGGAGGAAGCCAUCAUGGAGCUGAACCUGCCCACAGGUAUCCCCAUCGUCUACGAGCUGGACAAGAACCUGAAGCCUCUAGGACCCAUGCAGUUCCUGGGAGAUGAGGAGACCGUCAGGAAGGCCAUGGAGGCGGUGGCAGCUCAAGGAAAAGCCAAGAAAUAGACUUCCACUGGAGACUAGAGUAUAUUGCAAUCUACAAAUCAGUUAAAAAUUAAGGGGUUAACAUUUUUGUCAUCAGACCGGGGCACACACAGACACACAAUGCACACUUUAUCUUAAAAUACCCAGCUUGCACACAAACUAACGUGACGUUUAGCUUGAUUGAUCGUUACUUGAUACCAGACUGAGACAUACAUUUCAUCAUUAGACUAACCGACCAAAAUAAAUUGGGGACCAGAGAGCAGGAUGAAACCUAAACCCAGUCCUCUGCAUUUCUUGUUACAGAGAAUUAAUGUAGGUGGAUACAGUUAGACCAAUAGUGUAACACUGGCUGUUCUUAAAAGGCUAUGUUUAUUUGCACUGCUGAAAUUUGUCUGCUGUGGUGUUGUGCAAAACAGAAUAAAUUUUGUGAGCUGUUAAGUGCUGAAAUGUU